AUGUCGCUGGAAAAGAUUUACAUCGUUCGCCAUGGGUUCCGCACGUCGUGGACGGUGGAUAACAAGGGCAACUACCACUCCCACAUUCCCUCGCCGACGGGCAUCGCGGCCGACCCGCCGCUGACGUCGCACGGCCUCGCGCAGGCCGAGGAGCUGGCGGCGCACCUGGCGACGCUGACGCCCGCCGUCGAGGUCGUAUACUCGAGCCCGUACUACCGCUGCCUGCAGACCAUUGAACCGUUUGUGCGGCGGCAGGCAGCGGCGGCGGCGGCGGGCACCCUGUCGCCCCGCGCUGCGGACACGGCGGUGCGCAUCCGCGGCGAGCACGGCGUGUGCGAGUGGUUUGGCGCCGCGCCGUUUACGCACCCGCAGCCGGCCGAGGCCGAGGAGCUGCACGGCCUGUUUCCGGCCUAUGACGUGGACUUCACGUCCCCGGUGCGGCCGCGGGUGCGCGGGGAGACGUACGGGCAGCUGGUGGAGCGGGUGCGUGCGGCCAUGCGCGCGCUCAUCAAGAGGUGUGAUGAUGAGGGGCGCCGGAGCGUGGUCGUUUGCUCGCACGCCGCGACGAUUAUUGUCCUGGGGAGGGUGCUCACCGGCCAGUACCCCGACGAGAUGGACACAGAAGACUUCAAGGCGUUCACCUGCGGAUUGAGCGUGUAUGCGCGGGGAGAAGCCAAGGGACAGUCUGAUGGCGAGUCGGAUACAGUGGGUAAUUGGACAUGCGAAAAGAAUAGCGACUGUAGCUUCUUGACCGGGGGAGAAGAGCGCGGAUGGAAGUUUUCCGGUGAUGAAUCAUUCCCGGACACGGGAUCCAUGUCUCGGGACGAUACCAUCGACUCCAAGCUGUAG